UAGAUAACUAGCAUUGAUUUUAGGUUGGAACCAAAAUAACUCAAAUAAUAUUUUUGAUAAUGGGCAGGAUCGCCAUUGGCUCAUCCUCACUGUCAAAUUUGACUGACUGACACGUGGACCUCCACCUUAUCGCCCGCUACUUCCAGAGAUUGUUCACCCAGCAGACAUACUACAACGGCUGUGUCUGGUUCUUGUCAUCCGUUCGCCAUGAAAGACCCAAGGAUCUCAAAAAUAAUCGAACCAACUUGUGAAACUGAUAAUGUCAAAACUUUUGAGGAGGUACCAGGACUUCGAGUUCUGCCAAUCAUCGGCACUACUUGGGGUUUUUUCCCACAUAUAGGAGAUGGAAUACCUCUCAGUCGAAUGCUGGAAUUGCAAAAACUUCGAUUCAAACAAUUCGGUUACAUCUGGCGCGAUAUUGUUCCGGGAAGGCCUCCAAUCGUUUAUACUGCCAGACCGGAAGAUGUUGAAAAACUGUUCAAAACAGAGGGUAAGCAUCCUGUGCGACCCGGAAUGGAAACUAUUAAAGCUUACCGCGCUCAGCGGAUCCAAGACUUCAGCUCUGCUGGCAUUUUAUUGUCAAGCGGCGAAGAAUGGUGGAACACUCGCUCAAAAGCCCAGCACACUUUCCUGAAACCAAAGAACGUUACCCAUUACAUAACUGAACUAAGUGAAAUAGCCGAUGACUUUGUCAAUAGAAUUCGAUUGAUCAGACCUGAAAACAAUGAAAUGACACCGGACUUUCUCAACGAGAUGUACCGAUGGGCACUUGAAACCGUGGGUGUAGUCGGCCUAAAUACCCGACUUGGUUGCCUUCAACAGGACUUGGCUCCGGAUUCAGAAGCGCAAAAGAUGAUAGAUGCCGCCAACUUCUCGUUUUCUGCCAUCAACGAAUUGGAACACAAAUUCCCCUUCUGGAAAUUCUUCGUGACGCCAAUGCUACGGAAACUGUACGACGCUCAAGAUUUUUUUACUGAGACGACUAUAAAAUACAUCAAUCAAACCGUGGAAGCUCUCAAAGGAAGUUCGUUUGAUUCCUAUCUCAGCAUCAUUGAACAGUUGCUGGUAAAUGGAAUGAACCCCAGUGACGUGACCACAAUGGUUAUCGAUAUGCUGAUGGCCGGAGUUGACACUAGCGCGAACACGAGUGCAUUUUUGAUCUACUACUUAGCGAAAAAUCCUGACAAGCAAGAAAAGUUGCGAGAAGAGAUUUUUUCCGUUAUUGGACCCAAAGGAAGUCCCAUUACCUCCAAUGCACUCAACAAUCUUCCUUACCUCAAAGCUUGCAUCAAAGAAAGUUUCAGAUUAAUGCCGGCCGCAAAUGCAAACGCACGCAUCACUGAUAAAGAUCUCGUCCUAUCUGGUUAUAACAUUCCAAAGGGGUCUCUUGUGGUUGCUCUACACCAACUGAUGUCCCACCUAGACGAGAAUUUCCCGGACGCCCAAAAGUUCAUUCCAGAGCGCUGGAUCAAAGGCGAUACGCAAGAAAGCAAAACCCAUCAUCCUUAUGUGGUGAUGCCCUUCGGUUCCGGAACGAGAAUGUGCAUAGGUCGAAAACUAGCCGAACUCGAAAUUGAUCAACUGAUCAUCAAAUUGCUGCAAAACUUCAAGAUUGAAUAUCACCAUGAAGAUAUGAGUUGCUUCAUGCGAGUCACCAAUAUGCCUGACCAACCACUGCUCUUCAAAUUUAUUGAUUUAUAAUGUACAUUCUAUAUAUAUUUUUUAAAUAGCGAUUUCGAAAUACUAGCUGUACAUAUCUAUACGCUUUAGGUCAUUUGAUGUACAUAUUGAUUGUUAUUGUUUGUCGAGAUAUCAAUAGACGAUGU